UUCAGUACAAAUAUAAUGCUCUAUGGUCUAGGGUGAGCAGGUGGGCCGAUACGAUCCAUCCGGUUUCCGGAUUCUUCUCGCUUUUAUAAAAUCCGGUUAAUCGAUCCAUUUAAUUCCCGAUUCACAUCCGCACCACCUCUUUCUCUUUUUCUUUCUCUGUGGGAGAGGUCAAAUAUUUUUCCAUCUUUCCCUCCUACUCUCUCUCUCUCUGCUUCUGAUCUCCACUUCUCUCUUUUCUCUCCACAGCUCUAAGCUCUCUCUCUCUCUCUCUCCCUCUCCGAAACAAAAGCAGGAAACACACUUAUCGCUCUGCCUUUCAUUGCUAGGUGAAGUUUUUUCUAGCCAUGGAUGGUGGUGCAUCCUAUAAUCCACGUACGGUUGAGGAGGUCUUUAGAGAUUUCAAGGGCCGUAGAGCUGGAAUGAUUAAAGCUCUCACUACUGAUGUUGAAGAGUUCUUCCAACAGUGUGAUCCUGAGAAAGAAAAUCUUUGUCUAUAUGGAUUUCCCGGUGAGCAGUGGGAGGUCAAUCUGCCUGCUGAAGAGGUUCCUCCAGAGCUUCCAGAGCCUGCUUUGGGUAUUAAUUUUGCCAGAGAUGGGAUGCAAGAAAAGGACUGGUUGUCUCUUGUUGCUGUUCACAGCGAUGCAUGGUUACUUGCUGUGGCCUUCUAUUUUGGAGCUAGGUUUGGAUUUGACAAAGCUGAUAGGAAACGCCUUUUCAACAUGAUAAAUGAGCUUCCAACAAUAUUUGAGGUUGUGACAGGAACAGGCAAGAAACAAGUAAAAGAGAAGUCCUCAGUUUCAAAUCAUAGCAGCAAUAAAUCCAAAUCAAAUUCUAAGAGGGGAUCUGAAUCUCAGGGCAAGUAUUCAAAGGCAAUGCAAUCGAAGGAUGAGGAUGAUGAGGGCAUUGAAGAAGAGGAAGAAGAGGAGCAUGGGGAGACAUUAUGCGGUGCUUGUGGAGAAAAUUAUGCAUCUGAUGAAUUCUGGAUUUGCUGCGACAUUUGUGAGAAGUGGUUCCAUGGGAAGUGUGUUAAGAUCACUCCAGCUAGAGCCGAGCACAUUAAGCAGUACAAAUGCCCUUCUUGCAGCAACAAGAGAGCUCGACCUUGAUGAAGGCAAGGAGCAGAUCUGUGUAUCAUGGCAUGAUGGAACUGCUUAGUAGGUCUGGUUUGUUUGUAGUCAUGGCUCUUCCUUAAUCUAGGAAAUCUAUUCAAAUCUAUGUGUAGGUUGCAAAUGUGCUGUCUAUUUGGUCAUAAAAUUAGGAUAUUUAUGAACUCAGGUCGGGAAUUAUUGCCCCCAUGACUGGGAGAAAGGUUUGUUUUAUGUUUGUCGACUUGUGUUUAUGUGCAAUCUGUCCAGUCCAGUUCUUCAUGAA